AUCUCUAAAUAAAACGCCUCUUCCGGUUCAGUCUGUAAACAGUGAUCUCAUCCCAAAUCUUGAGCCGUCUUGCUUUAGAAGAAUCUCUCAUCAUGUGCGGCGUGGCGUCUCCACAGAAAUGAUCUUGAAAGCAAAGGUUUUUCCCCCGUGUCCUUACGAUCCGCCCGUUCUUUUGACAUGAUGAGUAGCUGUGGAUCUUUGAGUGAGCCUGGAGCAUGCUAGCAUGCUAAUUAGCCUAUAAAAGGGACAAACAAGCAGCUGCCUGGUGCAAGCUCUGUUAAAGCUGCUGUAAAGGGGUUUUCACCGGGUUUUCUGCUUAGAGAAUGAUGGAAGGAGUGCUUUACAAAUGGACAAACUAUAUGACAGGAUGGCAGCCAAGGUGGUUUGUGCUGGAUAAUGGCAUUAUUUCAUACUAUGAUUCACAAGACGAUGUGUGCAAAGGUAGCAAAGGCAGUAUUAAGAUGUCAGUAUGUGAAAUUAAAGUUCACCCAACUGACAGCACGCGCCUGGAGCUGAUCAUACCAGGAGAGCAGCAUUUUUACGUGAAAGCUGUGAAUGCAGCCGAGAGGCAGAAGUGGCUGGUGGCUCUUGGAAGCUCCAAAGCUGGACUCAUUGACACUAGAACCAAAAAAGAGAGGGAGUUAACUGAAACCACAGAAUCACUGAAAACCAAGAUGUCGGAGCUGCGCCUGUACUGUGACUUACUAAUGCAGCAAGUGCACACUAUUCAGGAGUCAGUGGAACAGGAAGGAGAGUCGACGGUGGCCAUCACUGAGACGAGGAACGAGGCGUCCUCAUUACUGAGUGCCACCUGUGAAACCUUCAUCAAAACACUGGAAGAAUGUAUGAAAAUUGCCAAUUCCAAGUUCAAGACUGAUAUGUUACAAUCCAGUCAGUCUGAUUCCAUAAUGUCCCCUGUGUCCCCCUCUCCAGUCCAAAUGUCUCAGAUGAAGCGCUCAAUCAGCCAUCCUGGCACCUACAAUUUUGAAAGGUCGAGCUUGCCAAAAGAGUGCAUGGCAUUGCAGAAGUCCACCCAGAGGCGGUCGCAGACAUCCUCCGAUACAGAAGCUCACAACAACAGAGGGCCUGAGGAGAUGGAGUGCGUGAUGUUCCACAGAGCCAACAAUAACGGUGACUCCAAUCCAAGUAUCCCAGAAGAAGGUGGAACGAACACAAGGUUCCUGUUGGAAACUGACACUGCAGAAUCUGACCUUUCCCUCUGAACUACGCGAGGUGGCUUAUGAGAUGGGGAAUAAAAGCAAAACUCAUACUGCUAUGCAGUCAAAGAUUGCAGCGUUAUACACAGUAGAUGUAUUUUACGAAUUAUUGUUACAUUUCCUGAUGAAGAAGAAUUCUGUGGCACUUUAUAAAUCCAGAUGAUGAGGACAACAGUAGUCUGAUUUGAAUGUUUAUACUCUUCUAGGUAUUUCAAUAUAUUGGUUUGCCCUGAUGCUAAAAUGUUUUUCCUUUUUUUUGUGAUAAAUAAUUAUUGCUGUAUCCCUUCAGUGAAGAGUUGAAGUUUGUACUGGAUUUCUAAUGUGUUGUGCAAUUGCCUUUGUUAAAUGGGAACCUUGAUGAAAAGGUUUUUAUUGCUGUGCCAAAGGGUUGUGCAUAUGUGCUGACAUUAGCUUUUGACAGUUUGGUUUUUUUUAAUCACUCGGCAUGCAAUGUCAUUCAUUUAGUUCAUGAUGCAGAAUACAUUUAUUUAUUUUUGUAUGUUACCACAGUUUCCCCCUAAAAAUUGCUCUUGCCUUAAUUCUUCGCAUUCUUUGGAAUUUGAUCCAUUAAUUAUUGUAAUGUUUGGAAAAUUAUUAAAAGCUAUAGCAAAAA